CACAUUCGACGUUCCUCGACGAUCAACGCCCGAGAGUUGGAUGCCCAAGCUGAAGCAAUAACGCGUCAAGCCAUAGCAAUGAAAGACAACUUCUCCCACAGCAUCCAACAGUUCCUCCACGCGCCCUCCGACUCGGACUACCUCGACCAGCUCGUCACCGUCAUCCACGAAGCAUGCUCCAUCGGACGGGAACAUGCGCUCGCCGAGCAGCUCCAGCACUUCUCCGAGAGCCGCGAACACGAUAUUGAACGCCUCUGCAAUACCAACCACCAAGAAUUCGUGUCAUCGGUUAACCAGCUACUCAACGUACGCAAGGGCACUGUCGACCUCACCGACGAAAUUCUCAAGCUCAACGAGUCCAUCCAGACCAGCACGCAGAAAGUUGUCGAGCACAAGAAGGCAUUGGUGGAUUCACGGGACGUUCGGCAGAACAUCGACGAGGCCACGCAGGCGUUGCGAUUGUGUCUCGAGGUGCUGGGUCUUGCCAACCGCGUCGAGGAACUGCUGAAGAACAAGAAGCAUUAUGCUGCGCUGAGGACGCUCGACGAACUACAGAAUGUGCACCUUAAGGAGGUCGUGCAGUUUGAUGUGGCGGAGAUGAUUCAGAAUUCCGUGCCGGCGAUGCAGGGCAUGGUCAAAGAGGCCGUGAUGACGGAUCUCAAUAGCUGGCUCUACCGUAUUCGUGAGAGCUCGCAGCUACUCGGCCAGGUCGCGUUCGAUCAGACGGAACUACGGCGCCAGAGGCAGAAGGAGCGCGUCAACAAGAAUCCGUAUCUGAGGCUGUUCAAGCUCAACUCGGCAAUCGAGCUGGUGCUAGAUGAGCGUGAAGAGUUCGAUGUGCUGGACAACGAGGAUGUCAGGAUUGAUUUCGACCCGCUCUUUGAGUGUUUGCAUAUUCAUGAGGCGCUCGGUGAACGCGAUGAAUUCCGAUUGACCUACACCAAUACCAGACGCCAACAGAAGGAGCUAUUGAUGGCCGUGAGCCUAACGCUUUCGGAUGCGGAUAUUACGGGACUCAAUCAUUUGUUGGAGAGCAUAGCCGGAUUUGCGAUUCUGGAGAAGGCGACGAUGAAGAAGACGACGAAUUUCAGGGGGAGUCAGGAUGUGGAUGAGCUCUGGGAUAGUAUGUGUAAGAAGGCAAUUAGCAUCAUCAGUCCUGCGCUGAACGGUAUCACGGCUGCGGGUGCAUUGUUGAGGGUGAAGAAUGUGUUGGCUCUUUUCAUACAAACUAUGGAUAGCUGGGGUUAUGCGGUUGAUAAUUUUGAUAACUUCCUACUGAUCCUCUUCAACGGGUACUCCAAGCUACUCAAGAAGGAGUUCUAUCAGAAUUUCAAGGAUAUCAUGGCGAAUGAGGAUUUCGGGCCGAUGCAGAUUCAAACACCAGAGGAGUACGAAAACGUGCUCAAAGCUAGUUGGUUCAAGGACCCUAUCCCGAACCGAGAAUAUCCUACUGUUCUACCAUUCUCGCAGAUGUACCCGUUGUGCUGCAUGGACAUCCGGGACUUCUUGAAUCGGUACUACUUCUUUUCGGACGAGUAUUUCCAGCAUCAGAAUGCCAUCGAUGAGGAACUCAAAGCCUCACUCGACGACAUUCUCUGCAACCAUGUCUGUGCAGCACUUGUGGAGCGUCUGAAUUCUAACAAUCUCGGUCAGCUUGUCCAGAUCCUGAUCAACCUGGAACAAUUCGAAUACGCCAGUCGGGAGCUCGAAGGGCUCCUCGUCGAAGUACGACAGUCAGACCAGGGCGGCUCAGUCUCUAUCAAAGCCACAGAACGUUUUCGAAGCGAGAAGAAAACCGCCGAGAAACGGAUUUUCGAGCUCGUCAAUAGCAAGAUCGACGAUUUGGUAGAAACGGCAGAUUACAAUUGGAUGGGCGCGAAGCCGAGAACUCGGCCCAGCGAGUAUCUGCAGCAGAUGACCCUGUUUUUGAAUAAUAUCAUGGGUUCGGCACUCCUUGCCCUGCCGGAGGAUAUCAAGGGUCUCAUAUACUUCGAUGCUUUAAGUCACAUCGCGACUUCUAUCCUCGCUCUCCCUAUGUCGGAAUCCGUCAAAACAAUCAACAAAGUCGCCGUACAAGAUCUCGACACGGACGUAACCUUCCUGCAAAGGUUCGUCGAAGGCCUUGGGGACCCCACGCUUCCCCAAAUCUUCGAGGAGCUCGGACAAACAGUUGACCUCCUACAAAACGACAACCCGGACGAGUUCUACGACAUCGGCAUGCGCAUGCGGCGUUACGCCAAUGUCGAUCCACUCACUGGGCCGGUGUUACUGGAGAAAUUGAUGGCUGGCGAGGCUGAGAGGGAGAGGGCUGCUGCUACACCGGUGAGGACUGGGUUGGCGGCGAGGUUUCGGUAAUGGCAUGGGGAAAUAAUGUGAGACGUGGGGAGUUCUGGAGUCUGUUUGGGGCACUUGCUUACCUUUACCUACUAUUAUACAUACUUGUGUCUCGUCGUUUGGCGAGUGAGCUCGAUAUAUGGGUGGUGUAAUGCAGUAUAAAUACUAUGGCUCGGUUGGUCGCCCCCCGAUUAUUUGGGGUAUUGAGAUGGUCCGUCUAGCUGCGGGAUUGUCGGAAGCCCGUUCGUAUGUACUGCACAACCCAACGGGACCUGGGAUGAGUAUACCUAGGGGUGCGGGAGCUGGAAACUUAUGUGACGACUUGGUUUGGCUACACAUGUGAAAGUUACUCGAGUGAGACUAUAUGUAUGAAUACUAUGAUCGACAAUAUCCGGAAGGCUUGAUAUCAUGACCAGUGUGGAGCGGACGGGGGGUAUUGAGA